AUGCAGGCCAAUCAAACAGAUGAGGUGCGGAAUGCGGAGGAACACAACGUGGCCGCAGUCCGGGACUUGAUUGACGCGUUCUUCGGGUCCCUGUUCGACAUCGGGCCCGGGUCGUCGUCCCCCGUGUCUCUGUACCGCCAGGUGCUGGCCCUGAACCACCUCACGUCCACCGUGUGCGAGGAAACCGUCAAGCUGGGCAUCUGGAACCGGAUCGCCCGAGGCCAGGUCAAGUUCGACGUCGUCGUCAUGACCCCGUUCUUCUGCGAGUGCCUCACGCCCGUCGUCGACGUCGUCAACGCGUCGCUCAUCUACUUGUCCACGCCGGGCAGCUUCUACGACCUCACCGUUGACGUGACGGGGUUCAGGGAGCCCCUGUCCUUUUGUCCAAACAUGAUGCUCCCCUUCACCGACCGCAUGUCCUUCGCGGAACGCGGCGUCAACCUGGCCCUGACCCUGCAGACCUGGCUCAUGAGGUCCGUGGCAGACGCCGUCCUGGGCGACUUCCGCCAGGACUUGGCCGACAAAAUAUUCAAAGGGAUGAAUGUGAGGAGCAUCUCGGAAGUACAGCGAGACGCGAGUUUGAUUUUCAUCGGGACACCCGCAGUCGGAGUGUCCACGUCGAGGCCGUCGAUGCCGCAAACGAUCCAGGUCGGAGGCAUGAACCUCAAGGAACCCAAGCCCUUGACCCAGGUCAGAGUUUCUCCUGCACUUUAUGGAAGAUAUGCCCGUCGUGCUUCAGGGAUUAUAGCAGUGUGA